UCCAAACACUACGCUUACCAGGGGCGUCCGAUGGAUGAUAUUCUUAACGAACAUGAAGUUAUUAAAUUUCUCACGAACCGGGGCGGACGGUGCACCAAUUUUGAACUGGUGUCCAACUUCAAGAGCGUCCUCAACGAUCCAAGAUACCAAGCUGCAGCCAGGCUGAAAUUCAAAGAUAUUAUCAAUACCGUUGCUACUGUCGGGGAAUAUCAGAACAUUAAAUAUAUAGAAAUAAAAAAGGAAUACAUGGUCAACAAUGAUGUCUUUCAUGCUGAUAUCUCAAACAAAUCCGAACCGUCCAGUUUAUCUUCAGAAAGUAGCAGAGGAUCAUACUCUUCUCCAUUCUCAAAUGACUUUCAGCCCUACUGGCGCUAUCGUUUGGCCACCACCACCAAAGUACCUUCCCUUCCACCUCGAAAUCCAGAACUGGAAGCCUUUCUCAAACCACCUGGCAAUGACGUCACAAGACAUAUACCCAUUAAUAGAUCUGUAUCAGAAACUACAUUGUCUCAGAAUGCUGAUUUGAGACCAGUACAUCAAAUUCCUAAUUAUGUUGCUGCUCAAAAUCGUAGGUCUUCCACUGAUAAUACUCGAUAUCAGCAAUCGGUUGGUAACAGGUCUGAUGAAAACCAAAGCUACGGCAAUCAGUAUGCCAGCAGCAAUGUCCGUCGCUUGUCUGGCAAUUUCUCACCUGACAGAAUGCUCAAUACUCCUGAUGCUUACAGAAUUUCCCAAAGUCUUCCAUACAAUAAUCAUGGUUUAAACAGAAGUGUGUCAGAAUAUUCUUCUAAUGUAGAUCGUAGAGUUUCUGCUAAUGGAUAUCCCGGCGAAAACACUCAGAGAUUCUCUUAUCAUGCUCCAAGCGAUUUACAAAGAACUUCGAGUGGUUAUGAUGCUGGAUAUAACAGAUCAAAUUAUGAAAGAAAUUCAGACAUGUACCGCGAAGGCUAUCAUAGUGAUACUACCAAAGGAUCAACCGAAACUUCCCGAGCUUACAAUGAGUCUCCUCCCUCAAGAAAAUUUGAAGCUAUGCAUGGUAUUCACAGAAGAGCAUCGAACGAUUCUGGAUACUUAACAACACCAUUCGAUUCUCCAAAUGAGAAUCGAUCUUUGAAGAACUCUCCUUCCAGAAGAAUUGAAGUGGAUUUUGAGGAAGAUGAAUCAGAUAUACACACUUCUGCCAAUUUGAGAAACGUUUCAAGGGCCCUUUUCAGAGAUUCGAAUGCACCCACCAAGACAAUCCGACAAUCAUCUAACAACAUUGAAAGUGAGUUCACAGGCGACACGAGAAAACAGAUUGGUACUAGACCACAAGUUCAUUCUGAUCCUAGGAUCCAAGAGAUUAUACCAUCCAAUCCCAAUCGAAGGAUCGUUCCAAACGCUCAUUCCAGUCCGAGUCGGGCGAUGUCCAGAGACGACACCAACAAACAUUCCAUUUCAGAACAAAAUGUCAUUCCAAAACGAAAUAGCACCAGUGAUCUGCCUGGCAAAGCAUUAUCUGCACGAAAUAGUGAAGCAAGCAGCGAUGGAUCAAUGGUGUCGUUGAAUUCCGAACAAGAUUUCGAUUCCUCGAAACUCAAAGAUCAAAAGUCUCAUUCAAAAUUAUCUACCAAUCCGGAUGAAAUCGAAUCCUCAAUUGCAACAAAGGAAGAUAGUCCCCCGCCACUACCACCUGCUAGACGAAGAAAACACCCAGAUAAGGGUCCUUCUGAAGAAGAUACCAAAGAAAACACCGAACAACCAAACCGUGACUGGUCCAUGGCCAGUGGCAAAGUGAGAGAUCGAGUCCAGCACUUCGACGACAUGGAAAAAAAGAGGAACACCAAACGAUCCCAUUCGCCACUCACACCUGACAAAGAAAACAGGAUUCAUUCGAAGGGAAUUGGAACUGAUGAUGAUGUUUCCAUUUCUGUGCUGGAUACGAAGUUAAAAAAGGAAUGGUUCGUAAAAGCUGCUCAAUGCGAUUACCAUGCUUUGGUAGCCUUACUGAAGAAAGAACCCAAACUAGCUGCAAUAAAGACGGCGUUGCACUGGGCAGCGAAACAUGGCGACGCUAAUGUGAUAAAGCUGAUUGCUGGAGCUUACAAGGUCAACCCAAAUAUUAGAUCGGGUUAUACUCCUGUGCAUAUAGCGUCACUUCACAAGCAUGAAAUGAUUGUUCAUUUGCUAGUCCAUACGUAUGGCGCUGAUGCUUCUCUUCGAGACUAUAGUGGAAAGCGUGCUGACCAGUAUCCAGACAACUACGUCCGCGUUGUGGCGGGACACAAGACUGUAGAAAGGAGACCUUUGAAACAACGUCCACCAGAAAAAGAGACGACCACCACCAGCAGCAACAGUUUCAUGAGGAUCGGCUCCUUGAAUCUCAGAAAAGCUAGAAAAUCCACCGUCUUCGCUAGUGUUCGUGGUGGAAGCAGAAAUCGGAACUCACUUGGUGAAUUGCGAUUCGGUAACCACUCAUCUAUGAGGAAAAAACUUCAUAAAAGUAUGCCUCCUCUAGAAAAGAAAAGUGAGCUGGAAAAGAAGAACGAUUCCGAUUCCGAUAGCAAUUACGGAUUUCCGUCCAAAAAGCAAGAAUCGUAGCUUGUGCUGCCAUCUGUCAGCUUUUAUAAUAAACAAAUAUCAAGUUUGAAUUUUAACCAAAGCUUACUACUCAGGAGAAAGAAAAAUUCUCACGAAUUCCAUGCAUGCGUGGAAAAAUUGUACUCACGAAAAAUAAUUGUUUAUUUAUUUAUUUUUAUACUCUGUUACAUAUAUCUAUGAAAACAAAAUCAUUAUUUAUUCCUUAAAUUUUUGAAACAAUAUAUGAAUAAAGGCCUCACUGAAAAAAUA